AUGCAUGCUCUCCUCUACCAUUCAUCAUACAGGCGCUGCCUCGCACGAAUCGCUUGCUCAAGAUGUCAUGGGUCGCACCUCAGCUUCAAAAGACAAUUCUCACGCUCAGCUUUCCUAAACGGGCAUUCAGCUCAUAAUCCCGAACCCAUAGCCCCGUCACUGAAAGGAAAGAGCUGCAUCAUCACAGGAGCGUCACGAGGAAUCGGAGCUGAGAUCGCGAGACGGUUCGCAAAAGAAGGAGUAGAAUGUAUCCUCGUAGGACGAAAUGAGAAAUCGUUGUACGGUAUCAAGGAUGAAUUGAUCGUUGGGGAUGAGAUGGAGCAUCGAGUUGUGGUUGGAGAUGUUGGAGAUAUGGAUUUUUGGAAAGGGAUGAAGAAAGAGGUGUAUCAGAAGAAAGUCCACAUUUUGGUCAAUGCAGCGGGAGUGACGCAUUAUUCUCCUCUUUUCAUCACAAGUCCUAGUCUACUUGAGGAAGUACUGAGAACGAAUCUGAUGGGUACGAUGAUGGCAUGUCGGACUGUGGGAAAGAACAUGAUGGCUUCGAGAGGAGGUUGCAUCAUCAAUGUCGCUUCACUUCUGGGAAUGAAAGGUGGUAAAGGCAGUGCAGCAUACGCUGCAAGCAAAGCUGGAGUUAUCGGCUUGACUCGAGCAUUAGCAGCAGAGCUGGGCGAGAAGAAUGUCAGAGUCAAUGUGAUAGUCCCUGGCUAUGUUGAGACAGAUAUGACUGAAGGCAUGUCUUCUGAUGCACGCUCUGAAGCCAUCAACGCCAUACCCCUGAAACGUUUUGGACAACCUUCUGAAAUUGCCCAUGCUGCAGUAUUUCUAGCUGCAAACACAUAUGCAAAUAAUUGCGUACUCAACCUUGAUGGUGGAUUGAGUGCCAUAUGACGCCUUAUCCUGGUAGAGAUCAAAUAAAUUACGAAUGACAAGAUGGAAAUAGAACGGGAAGCCGGAUCAGUCAAUGACAAUGGCACCGUCGGAAUCGUCGAUCUCGAUUACACCAUUCUCUGCACGAUUUGACUGUAGCUUGGCUUUCUUCGCAGCUGGAGAAUCGGCGUCAAAA